CGGCGCGCUCCUCCCUGCGCCCUGCGUCCGGGACCCUCGGGAGCAGGUCGGGGAGGCGGCUGUGGGCGGGAGUCGGAGCCGUUGCCGGGCCCGGGGCUGUCCGGCAGCCCAGGGAAAAGUUAGGCCGGCGUGGUUGGGGGUGGCGCCGGCCGGCCGUGGAGUGGCCAGGCCUGGCACUGCCCACCUAACUUCUUGCGCCGGAUCCGGCCCCGUCUCCUCCCGCACAGCAAGGGCCGGCUGUGAGGGCUGCGGGCGCGCCUGCGGACACCAUGAGCGUGGGCUUCAUCGGGGCUGGCCAGCUGGCCUUUGCCUUGGCCAAGGGCUUCACAGCAGCAGGCGUCCUAGCUGCCCACAAGAUAACGGCCAGCUCUCCAGACAUGGACCUGGCCUCAGUUUCUGCCCUCAGGAAAAUAGGGGUGAACCUGACACCCCACAACAGGGAGACGGUGCAGCACAGCGAUGUGCUCUUCCUGGCCGUGAAGCCCCACAUCAUCCCCUUCAUCCUCGAUGAGAUCGGCGCCGACAUCGAGAGCCGGCACAUGGUGGUGUCCUGCGCGGCAGGUGUCACCAUCAGCUCCAUCGAGAAGAAGCUGACGGCAUUCCAGCCGGCCCCCAAAGUCAUCCGCUGCAUGACCAACACGCCGGUCGUGGUGCGGGAGGGGGCCACUGUGUAUGCCACGGGCACCCAUGCCCAGGUGGAGGACGGCCGGCUCCUGGAGCAGCUCAUGGGGAGCGUGGGCUUCUGCACGGAGGUGGAGGAAGACCUGAUCGAUGCCGUCACCGGGCUCAGUGGCAGUGGCCCCGCCUAUGCGUUCACGGCCCUCGAUGCCCUGGCUGAUGGGGGUGUGAAGAUGGGGCUUCCCCGGCGCCUGGCAGUCCGCCUCGGGGCCCAGGCUCUGCUGGGGGCUGCCAAGAUGCUGCUGGACUCGGAGCAGCACCCGGGCCAGCUCAAGGACAACGUCUGCUCCCCUGGAGGGGCCACCAUCCAUGCCUUGCACGUGCUGGAGAGCGGAGGCUUCCGCUCCCUGCUCAUCAACGCUGUGGAGGCCUCUUGCGUCCGCACACGGGAGCUGCAGUCCAUGGCUGACCGGGAGGUCUCACCAGCUGCCAUUAAGAAGACUGUCCUGGACAAGGUGAAGCUGGACUCCCCUCCGAGGACCUCGCUGGGCCCUUUCAAGCUGCUCCCCCGCAGCAUGGCCCCGGCGGGGAAGGAGGACUGAGGUGUCCCACCUGCGAACCAGGCUGCCCUCCACCUUCUCUCUCCUGGGCUCGGAGCUCCUGCGAUGGAGGUCCCUAGCCCCAGGCCACACAGGGUGUCGUGUCCUCAUGGUGGCACCCGGGUCAGCCAGGGUCAUAGUCAGGGCAGGGGUACAUCACUUCCCAGUGUGCAGCUCCCUGAGUGCUUCCUGGCCCAGCAGCGGGAUGGACUCUCUGACCUCAACCUCCCCCCCCUUCUGCCCCGAGCUCAGGAGAGGUUUCACCUCCCGGUGUCAGCGGGCUUGGGGUUUGGCCCCUUCCUGAGCACAAAGGUCCAGGUUCCCCUCCCUGAAGGCCCAGCCAGGGAGAAAACUCUGUCCCACGCCUGCCACUUCCCCAGCCUCCACUGGCAGGGAGACACCUUCCUUGCAUGGGAAGGACCAGAGGGUCCCGGGCAUUCUGAGUGCCCUGGGAGGGCACUGCCAACUGCCAACUACCCCUCGUUCCCAUCUGACAUUUGAGAAAAGGGCUCCUCAGACAGCUGGACUUGCAAGGUCACCGCUCAGGCCACUGUCUCCCAUUCCGUACCCUACCCACAGAGGCUUAGACUUCUCUCCCUGGCCUUUUAGGUUAAAUAAAUUGGUUCCCAGCCCAGUG